AUGAGCCCAGGGCAAGUGAGGGAAGCGACGGCGGGAAUACUGCGCGUGCGCAAACCCAGGAGUGCGCUUUCGAUGGACCUUCUGCAGUGGUUCCUGUUACCCCAGAAAGUGGCGGGUGGGAGACCACGUCUGCAGCCAGAAGAAUAAACAGUGAAUUUGGGGCAAAUGGCAUCCGGAAGGGGAGUCCAGAGAUUGAAAUCCUAUGACUUCCUGCAAAUGGAUUCAGAUACCCUUAUCUGUCUCGGAGGCACAACGGGAAAGGCAUUAGCGUCCCCUUUGCCCGUCUCAGGAGCAUUAAUGCCGCCGGCGAAGCGAACCUCACCUUGCUGCGUCUGCUUUACGUCUGACUGUUGGCCGCAGUCACAGGCCACAUCCCAGAGCGGACCACACCACCCCUGCAGCUAGACGUCUUCCUGGGUUUGGGUUGGCCACGGAGGCCUGAGGUGGGAAUGUGUGGCGGCUGGGUCCAGGUCAGGAGAGGAGGCACCUAACAGAAUGCAGAUUCCAAGUCCCAGUAAUGAGCACGCCAAGGGACUCGGGCACAGUAACCAAGAACCACCGCUCUCUGUGGCAUCUUCUCCAUUCCAGGCUACAGCACGUGUCAGAUUUCGGGGCAUCUUAAUUUCUCAUUUGUGCAACAGGCCCCCUGGGCUCCCUGAGACCCAUGCCCGGCACAUAGGAGGUGUUGGAAACAUUCAUUGAACAAAUGAACGUUCCCUUUUGUAAAGUCCUAACUCCCGUUAUCUCUGACCUGACCAAGUGGGAAGGGACUGGGACAGCGAGAGAGGCUUUAAGCCCAACUGCAUCAGCCGUUGGGGGCCGAAGCCGUCAGAGGAAGAGCAGCACUGAGGCGACGCCGGGGUGGAGAGCCGGCCCUGAAUGGAGGCGCACGCUCACAGAAAGGAACUGGGGCAAGCUGUCGUGACUCCUGGUUUCCCUCCGCCAGCACUUGUUACCAUUUGUCCUUUUCUCUUUUUUAAUGUCACAAUGAGCUCUAAUUGAAGAUGCUUGUAUUGUUCCCCCAAAGACUUUGGGUUGCUCUGCAGGUAUCACAAAAACUGAAACCCAAUCCGUAUUCUUCUCUGGGCUUUGGGGAAGCGGAACCACGGAGGGAGAGAGAUGAACACCUUACUGUCACUCUAGAGAUGGCCAGUGUCAUCUCAGGGCCGGCUGAGAGGACUACUCAGAUAGAUACACGUAAAAUGACAGAAGUGCACGUAGUUACAAGGCAGCAAUACCCAGCAGCAUGUGUCUGCAUGAGCUUCCACAAAGCUAGUUGGAGACCAGCGUGGGCUCAGUGGAAGUCAGCAGCCAGACCUGACAUCCCACGACAACAAAGGUCCUCAACAAGCAGAGCUCCUCUCCAUGAGUACCUCGGGUUUCUUUCGUUGGCCCGCACCGCUGGCCAGAAUGUGCACGGCGCCGUGGGGACUCGGGCUUCGGGGGAAGCCGGCGCUGUUAGCCCCGGGAGCGGCGGUCACCGCGGUCCAGAUGGCAGGCAGGAGGGACCGCCCCGCUCUGCUGCCUCCCCUGGAUGAGAGUGACCUUGAAGAGCAGUUCGUGAAAGGGCACGGUCCGGGGGGCCAGGCAACCAACAAAACCAGCAACUGUGUGGUGCUGAAGCACAUCCCCUCGGGCAUCGUCGUCAAGUGCCAUCAGACAAGAUCAGUCGAUCAGAACAGAAAGCUAGCCCGGAUAAUCCUACAAGAGAAAGUGGAUAUUUUCUACAACGGCGAAAACAGUCUUGUCUACAAAGAAAAACGGGAAGCAGAGAAGAAAAAGCAAGAGAGGAAAAAAAGAGCAAAGGAAACUCUAGAAAAAAAGAAACUCCUGAAAGAACUGUGGGAAUCAAGUAAAAACGUCCACUGAGAAAGAAUUA